AUGGCUAACCAGGGAGAUGAUUGCUAUUUCUAUUUCUAUUCCACGUGUAACAAGGGAGACAGUUGCCCCUUCCGCCACUGCGAAGCUGCUCUGGGGAAUGAAACAGUCUGCACACUCUGGCAGGAGGGUCGGUGUUUCAGGAAUAUCUGCAGGUUCAGACAUAUGGAAAUUGAUAAAAAGCGCAGCGAGAUUCCUUGCUAUUGGGAGAAUCAGCCAGUGGGCUGUCAGAAAUCCAACUGUGCUUUUCAUCACACCAAGGGACGUUACGUGGAUGGCCUCUUCUUACCACCAAGCAAAACUACACUGCCAGGUCCACCUGAGUCUGCGGAAGAUGAUGUGAAAGCAGCUCAGCUGUCUCUGCAGCAGAAUAAACUUUCUGUCCAGUCAAAUCCCUCUCCGCAGCUGAGGGGAGUAAUGAAAGUGGAGAACUCUGAAAAUGUCCCAAGUCCUACACAUCCUCCAGUUGUAAUCAAUGCUGCAGAUGAUGAUGAAGAUGAUGAUGAUCAACUUUCUGAAGAAGGAGAUGAAACGAAAACACCUGUCCAGCAACCAGCCUCAGAAACUCCUAACGGAUUGCGGAUAAUUUCCACUAGGAAAUCUAAUGCUACUACAAAACAAGAUGAGAAGUUGAAUUUUGGGAUAAAAACACUUGAAGAAAUUAAAUUGAAGAAACUGAAGGAAAGAUCAAAAAAGCAAGAAGGUCCUUCAGGAGUUCCUAUUCAUCCACUGCAAUCUCAGACUAUUCCUGUGCCAGAAAAGGAAAAUGUUCGGACAGUGGUCAGGACUGUGACACUAUCUACAAAGCAAGGGGAGGAGCCUGUAAUUCGAUUGAACCUUGGAGAGAGAGUGGGAAAACGGAAAAGCACCCUUGCUGAUGAAGGUGGCCUUCCACUGAAGCGCAGCCUCGCUGAAAGGCUAGGAAAGAAGAUAGAGAGUCUGGAAAAUGCUGAAAAGGCACCAAAGAGAGUUCAAGUCCCCAGGUCUCUGAAGGAGAGGCUGGGUUUGCCUUCUGAACAGACCAGUACAGAGACAGAGAAAGCUGCCAAGCCAGCAGGAGAGAUCCAUGUGAAAACUCUGGAAGAAAUCCGUCUCGAGAGAGCUAUUCAGAGACGAGGAGAACCUCAAGCUAAGCCUCAGGCUGAAGGGCCCUGUGGAACCGAAGAUCCCAGCCCAGGGGCAAGACCUUCUGCUGCAGUUCGCAUCAAAACCUUCUCAGAAGCCCUAGCUGAAAAAAAACACAAGCGAUUGGAAGAACAGAAGCAAAAAGCAGAACAGAAGCAAAAAGCAGAACAAAAGCAAAAAGCAGAAGAUUCACCUGUGAAGGCAAAGGCUGAGAAUGAUGCCAAGAAGCAGAGCGUGCAAACUCCGUCCAUGCCUGGCAAAGUACAGCCAGAAGAGCCAACAGGUAAAGCCAAGCCAGGAGGAGAGGUGCGUAUUAAAACCUUGGAAGAAAUCAAGCAGGAGAAAGCUCUGCGGAUGCAACAGAGUGCAGAAAAUGUUCCAGCUCCACCAGCCCAACCCGAACCUGCACCGGCAGGGAGGAGGUUGUUACGGAUCACAAAGCUAAUAGCACCUGGAAGAAGAGGAGAUAAGAAGGUAGUGGAAGUGAAUAGGCCUCCUCCCAAAGCUGUUCCUGCACCUCCAGAGUCCUCUGAUCAGAGUGCAGCUAAUUCUAAAGUUCAGGUGAAGAGCCUGGAAGAGAUAAUGAGGGAGAAGCGACAACUGAAACAGCAGCAAGAGGAGAAACUUCUGAAGGAAGCAGCUGCUGUGUCAUCCACUGUGGAAAAAGCAGCUAAAACCCCAGCAUGUGGGAGUCCUGAAUCCACUGUGGUGUCAGGGCCAAACUGUCAGAUUGCAAAGAGGUUAUUGGUGAAAUCCCAGGAAGAUGGGGUUGACAGCCCAGGAAAGGAUGCUGCUGUGUCCUCAGGGAAACAGGCAUCUCAGCCUCUGGACCGGAAAGCUAAAACCAAAUCCAAGGUGAACGUGAAGCUGUCGGAUGGGAAAGCCACCUCCCCUGUAAAACAGGCCCUGAAAUGUAAGGCAGCUGAGAGCCAUCCCUCCGCUGUUGCAGCUGUGAAACCACUGAGCAGCAGCGAGGAGGACACGAUGGAACCACCAGCUAAGAAAGCAGCUCUGGAUGUUGUUCCAGCCCUGCCAGAGGAUAGUCUGGUCACCAAACCUGAAAGAGAAAAACCCAAAGACAGCGCUGUGAGCCAGGCCGGUCCCGUGGCACAGUCGGAGGUGUCGAGCUCGACCUCGUCGCAAGCCAUGGUGAAAACCCGCCGGUUGAGCUCCACAGGGGCUGGGAAAGCACCUCUAUCCGUAGACGACGACUUUGAGAAGCUGAUUUGGGAAAUCUCAGGAGGCAAACUGGAAGCAGAAAUUGAUCUGGACCCAGGGAAGGACGAGGAUGACCUCCUCCUUGAACUUUCUGAAAUGAUUGACAGCUGAACUUCAUCUUCUUCUGUUUC